CAUGGGGCUCCGGUCCAGGACCGUCGCUAGCGGCUCGGAGGAGCAGAAGAAGGGCUCCGGCGGCGGCGGCGGGGGGGAAUUGUUGGACCAAGGCGCCCCCGCGGACAGGGAUGGCGCGCUGCUGCUGGCCACGGCGGCGGCGUCCGGCCGGGACGGCUUCAAGCGCGGCUCCCAGGGCAUCGGCAUUGGACUGCUGGCCAAGACCCCCUUGAACUACAGCCGGCCGGCCAAGAGGAAUAACAUCCGCCGGAGGAGGAUCCAGAACCUGCUGUACGACGCGCUGGAGAGGCCGAGAGGAUGGGCGCUGCUCUACCACGCGUUCGUGUUUUUAAUCGUUCUGGGAUGUUUGAUUCUGGCCAUUCUGACGACGUUCAGGGAACACGAGAAGGUGUCUGCACACUGGCUGGUCAUACUGGAAACCUUCGCCAUCUUCAUAUUCGGAGCAGAGUUUGCACUGAGGGUCUGGGCAGCGGGAUGCUGCUGUCGCUACAAAGGAUGGAGGGGGAGGCUCAAGUUCGCUCGCAAACCGCUCUGUAUUCUGGACAUCUUUGUGCUGAUUGCCUCGGUGCCGGUGGUGGCGGUGCGUAACCAGGGCAACGUGUUGGCCACGUCCCUGCGCAGCCUGCGCUUCCUGCAGAUCCUGCGGAUGCUGCGCAUGGACCGGAGGGGGGGGACCUGGAAACUGCUGGGGUCGGCCAUCUACGCUCACAGUAAGGAGCUGAUCACAGCCUGGUACAUCGGCUUCCUGUCUCUGAUCCUGGCGUCUUUCCUGGUCUACCUGGUGGAGAAGGACGACGUCUCCAUGGACGUGUCCAACCACGACAACCCCACCGCUCAGCCCAAACCGCAGGACUUCGACACCUACGCCGACGCACUGUGGUGGGGGCUGAUCACGCUGACCACCAUCGGUUACGGGGACAAAACCCCAAAGACCUGGGCUGGGAGACUGUUAGCCGGCACUUUUGCUCUGAUUGGAGUGUCCUUCUUCGCUUUGCCUGCAGGGAUUCUGGGCUCAGGCUUGGCUCUCAAGGUCCAGGAGCAGCACAGACAGAAGCACUUUGAGAAGCGCAGACAUCCUGCCGCCGGGCUCAUCCAGUCUGCCUGGCGAUAUUAUUCCACCAAUCCAAUCAGGGAAGACCUUAUAGCCACGUGGAGAUUUUAUGAAACUAUCAUCUCUCUUCCCUGUUUCAGGAAGGAGCACUUGGAGGCCAUGGCAAGCCAAAAACUGAGUUUACUUGAGCGUGUUCGCCUUCAGAAUCCACGUCCGUCGGUCGGGACGGGCAGGAGGCUCACAGGUCAGGCCGACUCCAUCGAGGAAAGUCCCUCCAAGGAGCCCAAACCUGCCGGCUUCAGUAACCGGGAACGCUUCCGCACUGCCUUCCGCAUGAAGGCUUACACACUCCGCCAGAGCUCUGAAGAUUCUGGAGCCCUGGCAGAACCAGCCUUAGAGGACCGGGGCUUCCCCGCAGACAUCCUCCUGGAGGAGAUGAUCCCCACACUGAAAGUGGUCAUCAGGGCUGUCAGGAUCAUGCAAUUCCUCUUGAACAAGAAGCGGUUUAAGGAAACUCUGAGGCCUUACGAUGUCAAAGACGUGAUUGAGCAGUACUCUGCUGGACACCUGGACAUGCUCUGUAGAAUUAAAUACCUCCAGACAAGGAUCGACAUGAUUCUUGCCCCUGGACCCCCCCUCACCCCCAAACAAAAGAAAACUCAGAAAACGCCUUUUACCUACCCGCCCAGUCAGUCACCCAGGCAUGAGACCUACCUAGCCAAAGCUGCCUCCAUGCCAGACGCCGAAGACCAAAGCAUGAUGGGUAGAUUUGUCCGGGUGGAGAGACAGGUGGAGGACAUGGAGAAGAAGUUGGACUUCCUGGUGGACAUGCACAUUCAGCACACGGAGCACCUGCAGGUGGACUCUGCCGGCGCCGCCCGCAUGACCCUGGAGGCUUGCGACGCAACGGCCAACGGCGAGGUCCGCCGGGUUUUCUUCAACUACGCCGAGGCGUUCCCGCACAUGGCGUACCAGAUGGCCGUCAGCGGGAGGCGAGCAGCGAGCGCAGAGGGCGCCCGGUUGGCUGGUUGCCGCGUGCUAUCAGACCAUCAACCCGCGCCGACGUCACAGCUCCACCAACAACGGCGCCCGGCGGCCACUAUCCCCACGUACACCGAGCGUCCCACGGUGUUGCCCAUCAGCUCGCUGCAGGACUUGUCGGUGGGGCCGGGCAGGACCACGGGGGGUCGGGGGGGCGACUCGCCGCUCUCCCUGCUGUCGGUGAACCACGAGGAGCUGGAGCGCUCUCUGAGCGGGUUCAGCAUCUCCGUGGAGCGGGAGGAAGGCGGGGACUUUUCCAUCGGUGGGGCGGCGGCGGCUGGGGACGCCAGCUCCUCGAGACCCAGACCGAGCUACCUGGCGGAGGAGGAGACGGACACGGACACAGACCCGUUUACGCCCAGCGGCGGGCCCCUGCCGCUCUCCUCCACAGGGGAGGGCUUUGGCGACGCCGUGUGGAACAUGCCGCCCUGAGAGGCGUUCGUGCAUAAAAACCACAACUCCCGAGUUCAGAACCUUGAAUCCAGCCCAUGCCUCUAAAACCCCCAAAUCAGUUUUUUGGGGUCGAAGCCACAGCCGUGGAACCACGAACCAUUUUGGAGGAACGGUGGCUCUAAUCCGCCUUUAUGCUGCGGAGUUCGUGAGCGGCGACGUCAAUGUGGGCCAACGCCGUUUUCAGGGGCCAACGCUGAUCUCAUUCACCGACUGCCGCCCAGACAGACAGCCAUGGCAUCUUCUCCUCCCCCCACCCCCGGGAAAACUAAACAAAAAAAGGGAAAACAGAUAGUUUGUAAAGUGAAACUCUGUACAGCGCACUCUUCGUAAAAAUUUAGCUAAAAGAAAUACACAUACUAUAUACACCCAAAAGCUUUAUUGCUGCAAAGCCAACCGCACUGCAUGUGACGCAUGCGAUUUCUAGUGUAGACACUGCAAAGUUCAGGAUAUCA